GGGAACGAGCCUAGCAACGGUCCUUCGCGCGUGAUGUGCGAUGCUUGUCGCCUUCUUUGUAAUUUUGACUUUGUCUUUCUUUGUAAUUUUAGCUUUGACGCUCAUCGCUGUCUCUGUCAUGUGCGAUCCUCGACCCGCAACAACACUGCUUAGCAUGACGUGAGCUGUAGUGUUGAGGGGAACGCUGGCAGCGUUAUCAUGACCACUUUAAUAUCACAAAGAAUGCGACAAGCACUGCACAUCACGCGCGAUGGACCAUCAGUCGGCUUGCUCUCCUCAGAUGACACACUGUUUUUCACGCGGCGAGGUCCUCGCGUGGCGCACCAUCAUUCAGAUCACGUCGAGUUGUGCAUCGAGGUGGAACUUCGGUUCAAUGCUAACAUAGCAAGACUCGAGAGCGAACUCAAUGAUGGGGUAGACGUUUUCUCUGAAAAGAAAGAACGGGUCUGCACACUGGUGGAUGUUAUGAAGCACAUACAAGGCAACGUUGGGCACAGUCUGAUAAAUGAGGCGGAAUUGCCUGGUGAUGAACUUCAAAUAUCAGCGCCUCACAUUUACUGCACUCCUGACUAAGUCUGCGUUUUUGCUGGCAGCCAAGCCGAAGUCAUCGCUGUCUCCACAUCUGGAUUACCGCGGGCACUUAUUUUUUUGUCUUUUGGUGUAUUAUAUAAAGAACUUACAGUAUCCAUUUGCGUAUUCCCGGAUGCUUGCUAUUGUGCAGACAAUUGCAUUGCCAGGAGAUAGGCCACCAAAAAGUGUGGUUUGUGGACGCCUGAAAUGUUUUUUGGCCUUUCUAAAGCAGAAAAAUGUAAUUUAAGCUGCAGCACUUUUCUCUGCUAUCUGUGUUUAUGUAGUAAUGCAGCUGCAUUACUUUAUGUAGCUGUAUUUGUGACAUCUUUUGUGUCU